AGCUUCUCUUCCUCCUAACUAUAUCUGACUUGAGCACAACUACUGUUAGUGUUGGAUUAUGCAUCCUCUAACUUUGAUAUUGCUUUUGGCUGCAGGCGGCUGUGAGGCACUGUACAGGCAGAAGCUGACAUGUAACUACGAACUGAAGCACAAGAGCCUGCCAAGGGUUUGGUGCAGGCAGAGCUCCAGCGACUGUUGCGUUGGCCUCACCUUCAGCCAGGGUGCCCGCUUAGUGGAUGAAGGCAAACUGGAGGUGACCCAGGGUCCAGACUCCUUCACUGUAGCGGUGCUGAUACCAACCCAUGGAGAGGGAAUGUACUGGUGUGGUGUGCUGAGCGAAAAUGACACCAUCAUCAAGCUGGCUGAAGGCUACUUUCACAAAUCCUCUGGAGCUUAUACCUGGAGCAUUACUCGCUGGAUUCUGCUUCCUCUGCUCCCCAUGCUGACCAUAUUCACCAAUGUUUACAUCAGAA